AUGGGAUGCAAUCUCUGGGAUGCCGCCACCAUCCUCUCACUGCGACUCCUCGGGCUAGCGGGGAGAUCCCUUUCCCAGAGUGCUCUGGGCGGCAGUGGCUUCCGGGCCUGGGGGCGUUUUGUGUUGCUUGGAGCUGGAGAAACAAGAUGGCGGCAUCGUAGGAGUGACAGGGGUCUCCCAGGCGGAGCCUGCAGCAUUGUGCUUUCGCGGUAUCACCGCCCUAACUCACCGCGCCCCUUUUCCAUCUGCGAUGUCGCCAGGAAAGCAAGGCAGCGGUGGCCGCCCAGAUACAAGUGGCCUAGCCUAACUAACCGCCAGAACCACUUACAAACUGUGGCCUGGUCAAAAGAAACGGGACUGAGUGGCGGUGAUUGGGCUCCGUGUUCGUCUUUCCGGAAAGCAAGGAGCAGCAGGUCCAAAGCCAACUUUGUCGUCGGAGGGAAAUAUAAACUGAUAAAGAAAAUCGGGUUUGGCACCUUUGGGGACAUUUAUCUGGCGAUUAACACCACCAACGGCGAUGAAGUGGCAGUGAAGCUAGAAUCUCAGAAGGCCAAGUAUCCCCAGUUGCUGUUCGAAAGUCAAAUCUAUAACAUUCUCCAAGGUGGGGUUGGCAUCCCCAAUGUCCAGUGGUAUGGUCAGGAAAAAGACUAUAAUGUGCUCGUUAUGGAUGUUCUGGGACCCAGCCUUGAAGACCUCUUCAAUUUCUGUUCAAGAAGGUUCACAAUGAAGACUGUACUUAUGUUAGCUGACCAGAUGAUCAGUAGAAUUGAAUAUGUGCAUACAAAGAAUUUUAUACAUAGAGACCUUAAGCCAGAUAACUUCCUAAUAGGUAUUGGGCAGCACUGUAAUAAAUUAUUCCUUAUUGAUUUUGGUUUGGCCAAAAGGUACAGAGACAGCAGGACAAUGCAACACAUACCAUACAGAGAAAAUAAAAACCUCACUGGCACUGUCCGAUACGCUAGUAUCAAUGCACAUCUUGGCAUUGAGCUGAGUCGUCGAGAUGACAUGGAAUCAUUAGGAUAUGUUCUGAUGUAUUUUAAUAGAACCAGUCUGCCGUGGCAAGGAAUAAGGGCUGCAACAAAGAAACAAACAUAUGAAAAAAUCAGUGAAAAGAAGAGGUCCACAUCUGUUGAAGUUUUAUGUAAGGGGUUUCCUGCAGAGUUUGCUAUGUAUUUAAACUAUUGUCGUCGGUUGCGCUUUGAGGAAGCCCCGGAUUACAUGUACCUGAAGCAGCUAUUCCAGAUCCUUUUCAGGACUCUGAACCACCAAUAUGACUACAUAUUUGAUUGGACGAAGUUAAAGCACAAAGCUGCAUAG